AUGGCGGAUCAAGUAUUGAGAGAGUUAGAAGUAGCUGCACAAAUUAUUUUGGCACCACCAAAUCUUGUCUCAGCUGAACAGCGGCGGUCAGCGGAAACAAUUUAUUUAAAUUUUCGCAAAACUAAGUCACCUUAUCAAUUAUGCAGACAAAUCUUGGAAACCAGUACUAUGGAUUAUGUUUUGUUCGAAACAGCUGGUUUAAUCAAAACAGCAGUGAUCACAGAAUGGGCUAUGCUGCCAAAAGAUGAUAUUCACUCAUUAAGGCAAUAUCUGUUACAUUACGUCACAGGCAAACCAACCUUAGCACCGUUUGUUAGGGAACGGAUUAUACAAGUAAUUGCAAUCAUGGUUAAACGGGGAAGUGUACAUUCUGCCGAAGAAAGGAAAGAAAUAUUAAAUGAAGUAGAAGGAUUUAUUUUGAGUGGUGAUUUAUCAAGGCAACUUUUAGGAUGCAGCAUAAUGUCUGCAUUAUUGCAAGAGUAUGCUACUACCGUUAAAUCAUCUGAUGUGGGCCUCACUUGGGAACUGCAUUUUUUAGCUAAGAAAGAUUUUGAAGUUAUUGAUUUAAAGAAGAUUUUUAAAUUUUCUGUAUCUGUACUCGGAGAACUGAUUGAAAGAGAGAUUACAGAAAAUAUAUUGCCCCUCAUUAAACAUCUACUUUCAAUAUCAGAAGAUGUAUUGGUUUGGGAAUCUUGUCAUACAUGCUUACCAAAAAGAAUAAUAGGUGCCUUUGGAGGAAUCUAUAAAGCUGAUCAUAAUGCACCGUUACGAUUGGAUGUAGUGUGGCAGCAAGUUAUAUUGGAUCCAGUUGUCCUUAGAACAUUUUUUACGCUAUACGCUAAAGUUCGUACAUACCCACAACUGGGCCACCAUGCCAGGAAUUGUUUGGUUCAACUAGGAAGUUUAAGUGGUACAGUGUUGACAUCAGAUGAUGUAAAAUUACAAUAUUUGGAAUUGUAUGUGCAAGAAUUUUUAAAACUUCUCUCUAGUAUCGAUGUAAUCGAUCAAGAAGCUGUCGGUAUUGCCAAUAUGUUCAGAAAAAUUGGAACAUUUUUUCGUCCAACAUUACUUACCCUGCAGAAAGAUAUGUUGCAAUCAUUAAUUCAAGAAAUGACUAGGUUAACAUGUUUAUUUAGUGCUGGUGCAGCACAAGAAGAAUCCAUGUAUGCAGAUGAUUGUCUAUAUAUGGAAGCUUUUGAAGAUAUGCUCGAAACAUGGAUUUGUAUCAUGUUUGAGGCACAGUUCUUUUCAUCUGAAUUUUGUAAACAAAAUUACAUGCAAAUAUUUAAUGUGUAUCUUCGUUGUCAUUUAUCUCCACCGGAUGGUACCAGAGGUGCCAUUGAGAAAGACACUCGUGAUGAUGAAAUUGAUGGUACACAAGAGGAUGAUAGAACUAAAUUUAAGAAGCAGUUACAAACUAUUGGCAUUUUCGCUAGAAGAGUUCCACGUCACUCAUUAUUAUUACUUGCACGUUUACUCGAAGACCGUACCUCAAUGCUACGUAAUCAUUUGAGUACAGUAGUUAGGCAAAGAGGAACAAACACAUCUGAAUCUUCAAAGGCAGAUGGACUGUACGAGGAUUUACACUGGCUUGUUCUAAUUGCAGGACAUACUCUUUGUUUAGAAUCUGAAGGUGAAGCAGCUUUAGUGCCUUCUGAACUCAUGCAAUACAGUAUAGAACAGGCACAUCGGGGGGAAGUUGACAUCAAUGUCACCCUACAACUCUUUGCGUCACCGCAAAGUAGUCUUGCAGAUAUAAAUGGAGCCGAACAAUCAGCUGAUCAUAUUGUUCGUUUAAUCUCAGCUGUCUUUCGUUUAUGCGAAAUCGAAAAGGCUGCGAUAUCAGCUAAUAUCUCGAAUAUGCUAAGCCCAGAGUUAAGCAGCACAAUUGUAUGGUUUUUGCAUAGGUGGUCAUUGAGCUACCUAAUGCCGAUAGAAAACUGCUAUGAUGAAAUUAGCAUAAAUCUGUUGCAAGCGUUUGGUCAAGAUAGUCAAGGUGCAUUGUGGACGAUGAACUUUUUAAUGGAGAAAGUCCGAUGUAACAUCAGUGUCUUUAAAAAUGAGCCAACGUUAAUGAAGGAGACCAUGAAAUUGUUAAGUGCUCUUGUUGAUUCAGGAGUAAAAGUCAAGUGCCUGUUAAACUCUAAUCAAAUAGGGGCCUUAAUUGAGUUAGCCACAAAAAAACGGUUUGAUUUGCCCUCAACGGCUAAAAGAGGCUUAAUGCGUGUAAUAGUUCAAAUUGGUGACGCUGUUCAGCUCUACACCGAUGAACCCCAUUAUUGGGUGCAAACUUUGGAACCCUUGAGAACUAGUUUUAAACAGAUCGUUACCAGCGAUACAUUUCCUAGAUCGUAUCAUCAAGACAAUAUAAGGGCGCAAAUAUUUGAUAUUUUAGAAUCUCUAAUCGGUAUUGCUCAAGGAGUACACGAUUCAAAAGUAGAGUCUGUGUUUCUUCACGUGUACCCUGUAUUGGAGGAACUUCCAAACUUAAUAUCUUUGUACCACAAUUAUCAGCAGAUAGUACAAUUAAUUCUAGAACUGUUUUACGAAUGUACAAAAGGAAUGCUUAAUUAUUUAUCCGGGCCUGAAAGUAUACGCAUGUAUGAAGCGUGUGUACACACAGUACAAGCAUAUGCUCGUUGUAAUUCCAAUCGAUUGACUGUUGAUUCUACUGCGGAGGAAGAUUCGUUUCAAGAUAUUCUUUUGCUUAUGCAACUUUUAACUAAUUUACUCAUCAAAGAUAUACCUGGUGUGAUAAUUCAGGACCAACAGGAGAUAGCUGCUGAUGCGUUCCUACGAGGCUUAAAUAUAGUUAUGCCUAUGAUGACGGUAGAAUUACUAAAAUUCCCAACUUUGUGUUUACAAUACUUCAAGAUGAUAACAAAUAUUUGCGAGAUGCAUCCAGAGAAGGUUUUAAGUUUGCCAAAUGAUUUGUUGCAACAAUUAUUAAUGUCCGUAGAAUUGGGCCUCUACUCGUUUGGGCAAGAAAUUACAAGUUUGUGUUGUGACAUCAUACGAGUAGUGGCCAAACAUAUUUAUUCCGAAGUCGAGAAAGGACGGCCAAAGAAUCCGUUAAUGAUACCAUUUAUGAAUUUACUGAUGAAUUUAAUUCUGUCACACCAAAUUAACACGGACCUCCUAUCGAGUACUAGUUUACCGCUGUACUAUUUACUAUGUUGUUACAAGGAACAGUAUCAACAAUUUGUACAGAACUUCUUGGCUAAUCAGUCUGAUCCACAAGUGGCUCAGAGAUUUGCGACAGCUUUUACGAAAUUAUCUACAAAUAUCCGCCUAAAUGAUGAUCGUCUUCAGAGAUUGAGAUUUAGUGAUAAUUUCGACAAUUUCGUAAUCGAUAUACAAGGUUUUUCGAUUGUCAAGUAAAUUAAGGUACUUAAAAGAAUCAAACAACUGUAAUAUAUUUUGUACUGUUGCAGUCUUUUGUUUCGGUAAUUUUGUUUAAAUACUCUUACAACUAUUAGACUUAGAUAAACGAAUGCUUGAGAUUGAAGUGAUAUGAAACAUCUGCCUUUUGCGGAAAAUUGCGGAUUCCUAACUAAGGUACCGCAUAUCUUAACAUAAGUGAUUUAUUUAACGAGAUUGUAUUCACCACUCUCACGUAUUUUUCGUUGUAGUUAUUUGUACAAACCUUAAUUUUGAAAAGAUUCAUUUUUCUCGACGUUGCGAUUUCAGAUACAUAUGUAUCUGAGAAAUAUUAAUCGUAUAAUGGAAGAUUGUAACGUAUCUACGAGACAAUCUGUAUUGUUAUAUUGACGCCUAUGCUGGAAGCAUUGUUUUAAAACUAUUUUUCAUGCAUAUAAGUCAUAAGUAAUGUAUAUUUAUUGGGAUUUCAAAUCUAGUUCAUUAUUUGUAUGUAUACUUGAUAAUAAGGCUAAUCCAAAUGUGAUGAAUGUGGUCAAUGAUUAAUUGUAACUCAUUAGAAGAUAUUUAUUAAGUUGAAGAAGCACCAAAAAUGUUAUUAGUUACAUUAAUACAGUUUGAUUGAAACAGUGGUAUAUACAAAAGUUUAUAGCCUGCAAUGAAAACCAUAAUAAAUGUUACUAGACAUAACAUUUCAGUCAUAAAUGGCAUUGGAUUGAGCUUGUAUCUUGAGAAGCUACUUAUUUGAAUAAUUUUAAGAAGCGGAAUGAAAAUAUUGUAUCUAUUUUUCUAAUAUUAUUUUCAAGUAAAUGUUUGUCAUAUUAUUUAUUUCAAGUGGAAAUCUUAAAAUCGAUAUUUUGCAUCUUUUUCGGGUUUUAUCUGGUUAUCUUAAAAACAGACUUAAAACAACAGUCGAAGGUCGUCACAUAUUAACAAGUUACGUGCCUUUUCUCGAAAGCUCCUUUGUAUAUUUCCAUGUAACAAUAGCGAUUAGAGAAGAAUAUAAAGAUAUGAUAUAUACUUAGUUGUCGCGUAUACGUAAUAAGUGAAAAGUACAUCAGGAACAAACGAAACUACACUAUGCUUCCUGGAAUGAUAUUGUUCGGAAAUACUUGCUGUGUAUCUUUACUAUGAAACAUAAUAUAUGGGUGUCUCUAAACUUAAAUCAUAUAUGUAACAUUGGGAUAAAGGAACACGCGGGAUUCCUUUGCACACCUCAAGAAUAGAGUAUGAUUUCUAACAUUAUUGACAAGUACAAUCAUUGGUGAUUAAUCAAAUCAUUUGAAUAAAAUUCAUAUUAGUAAUUAUUAGUACCACAGUGUGUGGAUAUAUUGAGAUGCAGUCAUGGUUAUUUUGUACUCAAGGAAUAACUUAUUAAAAAUUGGGACACAAAGCAACAUCAUUACUUACCCGUCUUUUCUAAACAUUGUGUACUAAUAAAAAUUGUAUAUAUUAACAAGUUUGCAGUCUUUAUUGAUUUCUUCCAAUCGAUCGCUGUAGUAUACACAUUUUUGAGGUGUACAAUUCAUUACAGAUAUGUACAUGUAUGUUAAACUAAGUAAUAUACCUUUAUUGAACGAAUUUAAGAACUUCAUUGCACAAUAUUUAAAAAUCGAAUCAUUGAAUGUCAUUCCAUGUCGAGUGAAUUCCAGUGAUAUGCAUCGGCAAUAAUCUCACAAAAAUUUGGCAUCAUUUUUAUGACCCAGUGGCUUAAUAAUUUACACGGCCAAUGAUCCUUAUUGCUGAACCAUUUAAUGAUGAAAGGACCUCACUUCCACGUUGUAGAAUGUUAACCACACAUUUUGUAUCGCACAGGAAUGCUAUUUGGAUAAUAACACCGUGGACUUGUUAAUUUAUCUUAACUCCUUCUCAGUAUUUAAGAGUAAUAGGGGAAUAGUUAAACGGAAGUAUGUCCUGUGAGAGAACGGACAGGGAAUGGUUAUUGUCCAUAUAAUACAUACAUGUGGGUUUAAUAUAUAUGUAUAUAAAACAUCUACUUAUGGUAAUUAUCACACAGCAUUUAUAUCUUACUCUUGCCAGUCGCUACCUGUCAAUUUCAACAAGACUAUCUGCUGACCUCAAUACCCGAUGUCAUGUCAUUAUGUUAUUAAUCAUUAUUAUUGUAUCAAGCUUGGUCAGAAAGUGCUGAAUUAAUUGUGGUUUGUUGUUCUACUGAUUAUGGCAUUCCAAGAAUAUUUUGUUGGACCUAAUGCUUGCAGUUCUUCAUCAUGCAUCUAUAAUUAUUUCAACUCAUACAUUACAUAUUUUUCUUGAUAAGUUCUUAGAAUAAAAUUGAAUGUGACAAUCUUGGUGUGCACCCAUGGUGUUGAAUGGAAUAGAUAGAAUUGAAAUUAUUACUAUAAUUAAGUGCUAUUAGAGCCAUUUUUCAUUAUAUAUAUAUAUGUAUUAGAUGUGUAAAAUUGUCAAUUGGAUUUAUUGAAGUCACUAUCAUCCUGGUAGAGUUGCAUCUUCAAACUUAAACUCGUGUGAAAAAUCUAUGGUCUAAUGCAGUAUUUUAAGUGCCUAUAUUUUUUAUUAAAGGUUUUCGAUAUCUUUUGUUAUGAAGAUUAUUAUCCAUAAUAGAAAUCGAAUAAUUCUGAUGUAAAGUGGCGUUAAAUGAUUUACAUACGAGAUUGUUUUUAGGACUAUACUAACUAGACUAGGGGCAAUACGAAUGUCUUGCUUAAUUAUUAUCGAAUCAUAAUAAAAAUAUUGGGACUUAA